AUGUCCCGCGCGUCUGGUGCCAGUUUUGCUCAGUUCUUCCCCUCUGCUCCGAGGGCCGCAAAGGACAAGGCAAAGGAACGAGAGAAGUUCAAAUCACAGCAGUUGGGAUCACCGAGCAUAAAGCCUGUUGGCGACAGCCGAGCUGUAACGUCAACAUCCAGUACUCGUCUCGACGAUGGUCUACGUUCCCAGGCGGCAGAAAGCAAUAUCCCUACCGCAGAGCCAGUUCCUUCCCAGACAGAUGAUAACGAAUCUCUUCAGGGCGAUCUCCUGAAUGGCGUUGGAUCAGCAAGUUCACACGCGAGCACAGGAUCUUCUGUUUUCAGCGCGCCGGCUCAGCCACCCAACAUGUCGACGUUCGAUGGUUCCCGCAAUAUGAACAGCCUAACGCCCUUGACGAAUAUUGAUUCAUCACCACAUCGUGGCACAAGUCCUUAUCAACAUAAGUCGGGUGGCCCAUCAAGCAGGGCCACUACAGACAAAACAAUCACUCCGCAUGACAUCCCACAAGCGCAAUCUACCAAUCCAGAUGAACCGCCCCCACCCCAGCGAAUAUUCGCCCGCGAUCCUAAUAAAGGCGUAAAGGGAACAAUAUGUACAUACGAUCCUCUCCUCGAUCACAAAAUUACAUACAAUGAGAAGAAAAAGGCGAAACCGAUUUAUAAGGAGUUUGGUUUGGAAGAUGACGCUCCCCCGGCGGAUCCGCGGUUGGCCAAAGGUGGCAGGUUGGGUUAUAUCAAUACGAAUUUCCAUAAAGCCAAAUCGCAGUUGUUGCAUGCGCCAGAGAUGUUGCGGACGUACAAAUAUGAUCCGAAAACUUCUCUAGGCCCUGGCCCGCCCACCCAAGUUGUUGUAAUGGGAUUUGAUCCGCUUUACAAUUUCUCGAAUGUUACGUCCUUUUUCUCUGCCUUCGGUGAAAUUGCUGAAAGCAGUAACAAACUUCAUCCAGAGACUGGCAGUUGUUUAGGCUUUGGUACGUUCCGUUAUAGAGAUAAGGUGGUGAAGGGCGGUGUUGUUGUCUCUGCAACUCAAGCUGCGAGAAUUGCUGUGAUCAAAGGGCACGGGUUUCGCAUGGGUUCCAAAAACAUCAAGGUGGGAUUCGAUCCGGAAGGAAACAAGAGCCGGCGUAUGCUCGAGGAGGCUCUCAGAAGAUCGAAGCCUGAGCCGCUACCCACACCCAUCGCAAAGCCUGCUAUUCCAAAACCUCCUGAGAUUGCGAAAUCAUCUGGGCCGCCCCCGACUGCACCGAAAGGACCGGCUGCCUAUACAGCACGACCACCUAUACGGACACCUUUUAUACCUGCCGCAAUUCCAACGAAGCCAAGAGCUCAGCAACUCCUCGACAAUGACCAACCGCUCUCUCUGAAGUUGGAUCGCGAGCCCUAUUUAUUUGUCUCGAAGGAGUCAGUACCAAUAUUGGCAGCGACCGUACCGCAUCUGCGGAAGCGUCUUCGGUUUUUCGGCGACUUUGACGUCCAGUUUGACCGAUAUGGCUACUACAUUGUUUUUCCUAACUCAUCCUACGGACGAGAAAACGCGGAACGCUGUUACAAGGCCGUAAAUGGCACGCCUUUCUUCACGUACGAAAUGAUGAUGAAGAUGUAUCCAUAUGGCACCAAUGGCUCCCGCUCAUCUGCUCUUCGGACUUCUGAUGCUUUCCGGAAACGAAGCCAAAGCCCGACUCGCCGGGAUGCGGACCUAAGGGAUAAAUUGGACGAAGAAGCUCGACGGAAAGAGGAAGAGGCUGAUCUAGAAGAAGAGAAAAAAGAGAGGGCUAAGAAUUUUGAUCCUGCUAGGGAGGCAAUCGAGGUCAUCCGAAGGGAAUUGAAGGAACAACUCGUCAAGAAUAUCAGAACCAAAAUUGCCACCCCCAUUUUACAUUCCUUCAUGGAUCCGUCAAAUCAUGUCACAAAAAGGCGGAAGUUCAACAUCCCAGAUCCAAAAGACCUGAAACUACCGCUUAUAUAUGACGAUGACACUAGAGGAGUCAGCCCAAUCGGGACGCCUAACUCUCGUAUUGAUGCUCUAGAACGUCGACCCAUGGGUUCUAAGGUCAAUCUAAACGCGUUGGGACGCAUUCGAAUGGCCAAAGGUGGACAGAAACUCAAUGUUGGAUUCAAGGAUCCUUUCGGGAGAGCAAGACCAGGAGCUCGAAAGUCUGUAGUCCGGCCCUUGGCCCACCGUUGGAUCGAGGACGAAUCAGAUUCAGACGAUGACACCGAGUCCCGUUCGCGGGCUUUGUACACGGAGGAACCAGACUCAAGGCCUCGAAGUAGAAUGAGCCUUGAUGACGAGUCAUCCGAUGAUGAAGAUGCCGAUAUCUUAGCUGGUAGAAAUUACGUCAAAGAAGAGUCUGGCUCUGUAGAUACCCGAGAUGAGGACUCCGCGAGCGAGGUUGCUUUUGUUGUAGGAGACCCAAGGAUUCCUUCGAAGAAAAGAAAGCUUGACCUACAGGUGGAAGCAGCACUAAAGCGACAGAAAAAAUCUGAUGAGGAGCUCUUUGGCGUCGAUGCAGAUAAGAUUGAGCGAGAAUUUCCGCUCUCUGCGUCAACGGUUGAUGAAGACACCCCUAUGCCAGAUAUCGAUGGGGUCAUCAACGAUGAGGCAGCACUUGAGGAAAGCCGGAAAAAGGUGGCCAAAACGAAGAAGAAAAAGUCGAAGAAACAAAUCUUUGAGGAGCGCGAGGCCCUUAAACGACAACAGGAAGGCAUCUACAUGGAUGAACUUCUUCAACCGCCAACCGAAGUUGCUGAGAUUCAUGUCGAUGACGAGGACGAUAUCAUGGAAACAGCCCCGAUAGAAAGUUCUGUUGAGUGGGGUAGGUCUAGGGAGAUUCCUCGUCCAACUGUUGAUGAUAAUUUUGAAAACAUCGUGGAUCUGGAUGGUCUUCAGAAUUUGUUCAAAGAUGAUGAAGACACCCUAGCUGCCUUGGAUCUCUUCAAGCGAUUCGAACCUGGUAAGUUGGUCGGCCUGGAGACAUGGACUUGGCAGCAGAAGAACAUGAAGACUCUAAAUCGGCCCGGCUGCAAGGGACCUGUAAUGGCUGAGACUACCGUUGACGGAUACUACGUUCCGAAUGUAUCCGGUUGUGCACGUACAGAAGGGUUCAAGAAGAUCCUUAAUUCCGAGAAGUCGAAGUAUCUGCCUCAUCGCAUCAAGGUCCAAAAGGCGCGUGAAGAGCGUGAAGCUCAGGCGACAAGAGCUGGGAAAGAUCUCGCGGCGGAGGCGGCGGAAGCAGCAAAAACUGCCGCUGAAAAGCUAUUGGCUAAGGGGAAUUCUCGAGCAAACCGUGUCAACAAUCGUCGCUUUGUGGCUGGUCUGGAAGAUCAGAAGAAAACUCUUGGCGGCGACUCCGAUGUGUUGCGAUUCAACCAGCUUAAGAAGAGAAAGAAGCCGGUGAAAUUUGCCCGAUCAGCCAUUCACAACUGGGGUUUAUACGCUAUGGAGAACAUCGCAAUGAACGACAUGAUUAUCGAAUAUGUUGGCGAAAAGGUUAGACAGCAAGUCGCGGAUCUUAGAGAGAUUCGUUAUCUCAAGAGUGGUAUUGGCAGCAGUUACCUCUUCCGAAUCGAUGAGAACACAGUUGUUGAUGCCACGAAGAAGGGUGGAAUUGCACGGUUUAUCAACCAUAGCUGCAUGCCCAACUGCACGGCAAAGAUUAUCACAGUCGAAAAGAGUAAACGAAUCGUCAUCUAUGCGCUACGUGAUAUUGCUAUGAAUGAAGAACUCACGUACGACUACAAGUUCGAACGUGAAAUCGGGAGCACGGACCGCAUCCCCUGCCUCUGUGGUACAGUGGCAUGUAAAGGAUUCCUUAAUUAA